AUGUCACAGGAAACGAAGCAGGCUUGCGUAAAAGACGCCAUCGAGCAUCUCAUUACAACAUAUGGGGAGCUCAAUAGCUCUUCCAUCGAGGAACUUGAUUGUGAACCGAGUCCUCUCGACUUUAUGCGAUAUGUCGCUCGCAACACCCCAUUUGUUGUCCGCGGCGGCGCAUCCUCUUGGAGGGCCUUUACUAAAUGGGACAAGGAUUAUCUUGUAUCUGCAUUGGCCGGUCAGUCGGUCAAUGUCGCAGUGACGCCGCAUGGAAAUGCAGAUGCUCCUACCCUGUCCUCCGCUCAUGAUGCGCCUCUGUUUGCAAAGCCUCACGAAGAGUCUCAGCCGUUUGAGGAGUUUCUCGAUUACAUCAUUAGCCAGGAGACAGACCCCGACUUUCCUCAAAGUGCAGAGGUUCGCUACGCACAAACACAGAAUGACAAUCUUCGGCAAGAAUAUCAGUGUCUGUUUCGAGAUGCACAAAAAGACAUUCCUUUUGCGAGCAUCGCUCUCCAGAAACCGCCCGAGGCCAUCAACAUGUGGAUCGGAAACUCCAGGUCGGUAACGGCCACCCAUAAAGACAGCUAUGAAAACAUUUACGUGCAAAUCCGUGGCCGGAAACACUUUGUUCUCUUGUCGCCACUUCACCACCAUUGCAUGAAUGAAAAGCCUCUUCAGCCAGCAACCUACGCCAGAGGUUGUUCGCACGGUCAGCUCUCGCUGUCCCUCGAUCAAGAUGCAGACCCUGUACCGGUUGUCACCUGGGACCCGGACCAUCCGCAUAGAAACUGUGCACCUUUAUCGCCUUUCGCGCAGCCUGUUCGUGUCACGCUCGAGCCGGGCGACAUGCUCUAUCUCCCUGCAAUGUGGUCAGUCCCGGACAAUGCAAUGCACUUUGCUUCUAGCCGCAAAGCUAAACGCGAAUUAUAG